ACGUUGGUUCUCUGGCAAAUGCACUCGCCACAGGGCAAAGUCAUACAGAGAUCAACACCAAAAAUCCAUUUCUGACACGCGUUGCCCCAGUAUGGUCUUCGCAUGAAACAUGACGCGACCGUGACCUGUCAGGACCUAUCCCGUUUAUAUUCAGCGGCGGCAACACCUCCUGCCAGUCAGCGCCCCCACCGCUGCAGCUGCAAGAGCGCGCUACGAUGGACGAAUUCCCACUGUCGCAAGGGCAAGCGGCUGGCUUCUUGCCGCCCACUUCGCGCGUGCCGUCCGUGCUCGAGGAUCUGCCUCUGCUCCGGUCGCACACAUACCGCUCCGAAAUUCCAGAGAACUGUCUUCCAGUCGGCCAGUCGGCGUUCGAGCAGGUUCUCAAGGGCGCUCCGUGUGCUCUCGGUGUGGACGAAGCUGGGAGAGGCCCGGUCCUCGGACCUCUUGUCUACGGCGUAGCCAUCUGUCCUGUUGAUCAGCAACCUUCGUUGAAGGAGAUUGGAUUUGCAGACUCCAAGGCAUUGACUGCUCAAAAACGCGACGCCUUGCUGGAGGCGUUGAAGGGAAAUACGAACCUUGCAUGGGCUACAAUCUCGAUAUCUCCGCAGGACAUUUCGAGAGGAAUGACGCGGAGACGACCCAUCAAUCUGAAUGCUCAGAGCACGCAGGCGACUGUUGACUUGAUUGCUGGUUUCUUGGAGGCUGGGGUCGACGUAACAGAGAUAUAUGUCGACACGGUCGGUGAUCCUGACAAGUAUAAACGGGUGCUAUCGUCCAUGUUCCCAAGGCAUAAACACAUUCAAUGGACGGUCUGCUCUAAGGCCGACGUCCUCUUUCCGAUUGUGGGCGCUGCCAGUAUCGCUGCCAAGGUGACACGCGACCGCUGGAUUGAAGGAUGGAAGUACGGAGAGGCGGGUGUGGGGAUGUCUGCUCUCGCGGAGCUCAACUCUGGCCUCGAACUGGAUGACGAGGGGCCAACGAGUGUCGAGAGCCCGAAAAAGCGCUCCAGGGCCGGCUCGAGGUCGCCGCGCAAGAAGCCGAGGACAUCAGCAGCGGCUCAGCAGGUCUCUUUCACAUCUCCUCGGUUUUGGGCGAAGGGGAGCGGCUAUCCUGGCGACCCAGAAACCAAAGAGUAUCUGCUCAGGACGAUCGAUGCCGUCUUCGGUUGGCCAGGCAUUGUGCGCUUUUCAUGGCAGACGGCAAAAGACUUGAUGAGCGAAAAGGUCAAAGUAGGAACUGCGGCAGUAAAGACGAGGGCAUCGUCCAAGUCGCAGAAAGCGCGCGGCGCGGAGCAGGUCAGCCAAACCAGCCCGGCGGUAGAGACGUUGGCCGGCCCCUACGGCACCAGGCAACCAACGCUCACAAGGUGCCAUGACAUUCGUUGGACCGAUGAACCAGCUCAGAUCACCAACUUCUUUCAGAAAGCGGCGGCGUCGGCCAAGGGCUCCUCCAAUGCAGUUCCUAUCGAUAUCGGAUCGGUGCUCAAGAAAGCUCGCUGCGGGAUCGCAAAAGAUCUUGGCGUCAUCUCGCUCGGGCCAGGUGCAUUUUGAGCAUGAUGUAUUGCAGUGCUAUACAAUGUUUCGUUAAUGAUG